AUGGAUCUAAAAAUGAUCCAGCGGUACCUCUUCAUCGGCAACGAUGGAUCGUACGCCAUUGAUCUUACCGAACCGUUGGACGUACCAAUGGGAAUCGAAAUUCUUACACCAGUGGUGAAACCUGCUGCUACGAAGGAGCCUAUGCAGAAAAUGAAACCAAAAAAAGGUAAUUCGAACCCGAAAAACACAGGCACCACCAAAUCCGCAAAUAUGGUCGCCAAAAAGCUGAACAAACCAGGCGUUAGCACGGCAGUGAACGGAAAGGAUACCACUGAGACAAAAGUUCCGCAAAUGUCGCCGCUGCUUGCUAUGAUCAAAACGACUAUAAAAAACAAGACGCUUUGUCGGACUGACGAGUGUCUGUUUGCGCUAGCGUUCUGUGCGCGGGAGUUUCCAACCUGUGAAGAAAAACACGCAGUGUACGAUCUGCUUCCGGAGGUAAUCCGCAGCUCACACGAUCUGUUCAUGUUUAUUUCUUUCUACAUCGAGUUGGCUGUAAAAUCCGGACAUGCCGGAUUCGGUCAUGGUUUGCGAAAAGCGAUUACGCGCUGGUACGAGAAACAUACACCGAUGGAGCUGGUAGAAAUGUUCGCGCGGGCCCAUGGAUUUGCUGGGUGGACACAUAAGGACGUGAUUGCAAAGGUCCAUCCGAAGGUGUCGUGUCCAAAUAAGCAGUUUCUCAUCGAAGCCGCCAUGAAACGCACGAGUCAGCUGGGACAGAUGAAGCUGGACGAGAGUAACGGGAAGAAGAAUGGUGUAGAUGAACUGGUGAAAGCAUUUAAACGUUAUGAGACGCUGCUGCAGUUCAAGUCAGCCCCGAACGUUACGAAGGCUUUAGAGUUGAUUAAACAGCAUGGUGCCAAAACAAAGCUUGAAUUGUUACCGCGACAUUUAAGACGCUCUGCCAAAAUCUGGGAGGCGCUCUAUCCGGGUCUCACAUACCGUGAAUUGUUGAAUGCGGUUUUGCCCAUGCAGGACUUCAGAUUGCUGAAGGAGGGUGAUACGAACGCAAAUGUGUACGCUGAAAUGCUUACAAAACGACUCGACGCACUGGAGACGGAGCAGAUACAUCCAAUCAAUGUACAGCUUGUUGAAAAGCUGUACUCAUCAGGGAAACGGUAUCAGUUUCUCGUGAAGGAAGCAAUGCACAAGCGAUCACAGCCCGAAAUGAGCCCUCCGCUGAAGCCAAUCCUAGAUGGUUUAAAAGGGGCUCUCGAUCAUUCGAUUCUUCACCACCCGAGAACGGGCAUUCGGUAUUUUAUCACCCUCGAUCUACGCGUUGCACAUAGCAAAAAGUUUGUGUUCCGCAACCGGGUGGUGACCUGCUUUGAAGCUAUGGUGUUGCUGGCAUUUUCGAUCUUCAAACGGGAAAAAUCAGUUUUCAUCGGGUCGUUUACCGAAACGGAUUUAGUUCUUUCCCCCGUUUCAUUUGAUGAAUCUAUGAAUUGGGAGCAAGCUCUCAAAUGCUGCGCAAAGCUGGUGUUACCCAAAACGAAGGUAUCCCUCGCUGCUCCGAUCAAGCUGGCCACGGCGGAAAAAAUUAAGAUUGACAUGUUCAUCACCAUUACCGAUUCGCUAAUUCGCGUCAAUCCGAGUCGGCUGCCACCGAUCGCCGAACUGAACGAAUAUCGCAAAAAGUUCAAGCUGCAUCUCGCAAGAUAUGUUGCGAUUUCACUCAGCGGAAAUGAGCCAUCGAUAAACUUCCCGGAGAACAAAGAUGUAGGCGGAAUGCUUGAGCUGUGCGGGUACAACGCGUACACUGCAAAGUUCAUCGAGGCGUUUGCUAAAAAUCUAUUCUUCUAA